UGUUAAAAUCAGUGGACUGUAGCUCCAUUUGUAAUUCCGCCAUUUUGAACUUGCACAAACCUAGAGAGAGAGAGAGAGAUAUGGAGGUUGAACAUUGCAACCAUCCGCAUCCACUGACCCUCAGUAAAAAGAAGGCGGCUGAUGGUGAGGAAAUUGUCUGCAAUAGAUGUUGUCGAAAGAUCUUAGGUUCUGCAUAUUGUUGCAGAAAUUGUUCCUUCUUUUUGCACAAAGUUUGUUUAAAACCACCCACAUGGACGAGGUUUCCACAAUACCAUCAUCAUCCAUUAUUUACAUUGAGAUCGACACCCAUUAAAGAGGAGAACGAUAAUGAUGAUGAUGAGGAAAUUUUCUGCAAGGGAUGUUGUCAAAAAAUCGUUGGUUCUUCUGCGUAUGGAUGCACAUAUUGUUCUAUCUAUUUGCAUAAAUUAUGUGCCGAACUACCCAACGAGAUGACACAUCCAUUGCACCCAAAACACCCUCUUAAAUUACUCCAUCCACAACACUACAGAUGUCAUUGCUGCGGCAAAAUUUCAGAUGCAUAUAACUAUUGUUGUUCCUGGUGCAGUUUCCACCUCGACAUAAAUUGUGCUUUGAAAACACAAAUUGUUGAACACAAAAGUCACAAACAUCCAUUAAGUCUCGUUCUCAGCUCGGCCUCCUUUGAAUGUCACGCUUGUGGCACAAAACAUGAAGGCAUCUCGUAUAUGUGUAGCUCCUGCACAUUUUGGAUCCAUGAGGAUUGUGCUUCCUCACCAACCACCAUCAAACACAGAGGCCAUGUUCACGAUCUCAAGCUCGUCUACACUUUGUUUUCUGAAGAUGAAACCUUCAGUUAUUGUUGCAAUAUUUGCAAGAAAAAGUUGAACACAAACUUUUGGCUUUACUCUUGCAAAAUAUGCGGAUAUUAUGUUCAUGUGAAUUGCCGGACAAAGACAAAAUUUAGGGAAAGCAAUACUACAAUCAAGAUUGAGGGUCUUGAUAUGGCCACUUUGAUUCACUUACCACUACUGCCUAAUGAAUCAGUCAACCUAAUUGCCCAAUUUGUGAAGCAGAUGAACUUGGAUGACAACAAUAGAGAGGUAAAACUAGAACAAUUUAGCCAUAGUCAUCCAUUAACUCUUUGUAAUCUGGACAACAAUGAUUUGUUAUCGGGAAGCGAAUUGUCUAUUUUGAAUAAGCAGAAUAUUGACAAAAUAUGUGACGUGUGUGUGCAACCCAUCAAUGCUUCAUUUUACAAUUGCAAUAAGUGUAAUUUCUUUGUCCACGAAUGGUGUUCCAAGCUAGCCGAUAAGUUCAGAUUAGUUCGAGAUGAAAUUUUCAAUUGCGACGGUUGUGCAACAAAAGAUUGCAUCGGAUUUCAGUUUUCGCCCAAAUAUUGGGGCGGUGGUGAUCCGCGCAAUGGUUAUCAACUCGAUGUUAAGUGUGCUUCCUUACCGAACUCCAUCAUGCAUAAAGCUCAUGAGCACCCCCUCAUUCUACAGGAAAUUGGUGGCAAUGAAGGUUGUGCUGCAUGUGAUCAAAGCUGUGGAAGGUUGUCAUUUGGAUGUGGCAUAAGCUCUUGCAGUUUCAACUUACACUGUGCAUGUGCUUUGUUACCGAGUAUAUUUAAUCACAGGUAUGAUGAACAUCCCUUCAUCCUAACUUAUGCUCCUAUUGAAAAUGGUCCAGAUGAGUAUUGGUGUGAAUUUUGCGAGAAUGAAGUAGACCCAGAGUGGUGGUUCUACCACUGUACUUAUUGCGACAAAUCGGCUUGUGCUAAAUGCAUUCGAAAGAAGGAAUUUCCAAACGCCAAGUUGGGGGCCACACAUACGUACACCUGUCACCCACACCCCCUCACUUUGAUUCAAGCCACAUACAUGAGGGUUAGAUGCAACGUCUGUAAUAGACAUAUUGUCGGUGGUAAUGGAGCCUUUAAAUGCGAGCAUUGUGAAAUUAUGCUUUGUAAGACAUGUGUUUGUUAUCGCCCAAACAAGUGGAAACUUUUAAGCGAUUUUGAGUCGGAUGAAUUAUUGAUUGACCUGAAUUAAGUUUAGGUGAUGCUCUAAAUGUGUAAUUAUUUGUCUAAAUCAUGAGAUUUACCAUUUUUGUGUUAGGCUUUUAA